AUGGCGCCUUCUUACAUUGCCAGCUUUGUUGAGCUUUUUCAUGGAUACCCUGCUGUCUUCUCGAUUACGAUCUGCCUGGUGGGGUUAUACGUCCUUUAUCGAUGGCUUCUCCCGAACCCAUUACCAGGAAUUCCUUACAACAAACAGGCCGCUACAUCAAUUUUGGGCGACGUGCCUGCUCUGAGGGGCGAUCCUGCCGGACUGGCUAAGUGGUGCAGCAAGCAGCUUGAGGAGCAUGGGUCUCCGAUAUGCCAGGCGCUGAUGGGCCCGCUCUCCAAGCCGGUGGUCCUUGUGGCUGACGUCGGCCAGACCCGCGAGCUGCUGAUGGGACGAAGUGACUUCGACCGAUCGUCUUACAUUAUCGAUCGGUUCCCAUUGUUUGGAGAGUUCCACCUUAACAUGAAGACUGGGGACUCCUGGAGAACCUCCCGCAGCUGGUUGAAAGACCUUCUAGCUCCGCACUAUCUGCACCAGACCGUGGGUCCCAUCAUCCACUCUUCGGUGCUCAACCUUAUCCAUCUUUGGGAAUCCAAAGCCCGGGUAGCAAAUGGAAGGCCAUUCAGUAUGCUGGCCGACCUGAAAACCCUAGCUCUUGAUGUUAUUGUGCGCUUUCACUUCGGGCAAGACUUCCAGGACUCGGCUCUGCGUAGACAAAUUGAGUUUGUCGAGCAGCUCGACAGCUCUCAGUUAGGGGUUGGGAAGCACACCGACGUCACCUUUCCUCAAGCCUCGUUGCACCCAUUCCAACAGGGUUUAACCGAUGUGGGCGACCGGAUGGCUGCUAUCUACACGACUAAAUGGCCUCCCUCCAUCGUGUCCUGGUGGGCACGGUACAUGUCCCCAUAUUACCGGAAGUUCUUCGUCGGCAAAGAUCGCUUUAUCCGCAAGCAUAUCAACUUAGCACUACAGCGCUUCGGCAACGACGAAGAGGCUAAAACUGGCAUUGACUACAUGGUGUAUAGAGAACAGAAGGCAGCUCGUAAGGCCGACCGGCAGCCUAUGUAUGGCAAACAGAUCAUGAUUGACGAGGCAUACGGAAAUCUCAUUGCCGGCCAACACACAACCAGUGCGGCGCUAGUAUGGAUUCUCAAGCUACUGGCUGAGCACCCUGCCGUUCAGACAAGGCUUCGCGACGAGCUGCAGACAGUAUGCGCGGCCGCAGUCCAAGAGGGCCGCCUACCCACUGCAGCUGAGAUCAUCCAAUCCAGACUCCCCUAUUUGGACGCAGUGUUGGAGGAGACCUUGCGACUUCGCGCUGCUAUGCUCGUGCCGCGCGACGCUACCCGUGACACAGAGCUUCUGGGCCGUCGGAUCCCGAAAGGCACGGUCGUUCUUCUCGUCUGUCAGGGACCAGACUACUCCUCUUCGCCAACCUCCCAGUACUGGAGUGACGUGAAGACGACCCGGAAGUACCCAGGUGGUGGUAACCCUGAUCUUGAGGCGUUUGAUCCGGAGCGUUGGCUAGUCCAGAAUGAGCGCGGUGAACUCGAGUUUGAUGGCUCGUCGUACCCGCAGUUGGCGUUUGGGCUCGGCAUUCGGGCUUGUUGGGGGCGGCGACUGGCUCAGCUAGAGAUGAGGAUCAUGACUGUCAUGAUGACUUGGAAGUUUGAUUUUCUCGAUGUGCCUGAGGCAUUGGCUGGUCAUGAGGCAACCUACGACAUCUCCUACCGCGCCAAGAAGGGAUAUUUGCGUCUGAGAUCCCGGUAA